AUGAAUGAUUUACAUGAUCAUAUCUUGAAGACUACUAAUAUAAUGAAUACUGAUAACACAACCACCACACCAACUGCAGUUGAUGCAGCAACAGCCACUCAAGUCGAUGUGGCAGGAGCUACAGAUAAACCAAAGUUGACAAAGAAUCAAAAGAAGAGAUUAAAAGAGAAGGAAAAGAAACAACAGGCAAAGACUGAAGUAGCUGCAGACGAUCAACUCGAUGAGGAAACUAAAUAUCAAAGACAAUUGGAAUGGGCUAUCGCUCAAUUGGAUCUAGGUACACAAAGAAGAGAUGCCACUAAAGAACAGAUUGAAGAAGCACAAUCGGUUAUUCGUAAAUUAAAAUCAAAGAAGAAUACAGAUGUACAAAAAGCACACUUGAUGCAUGUAGUUUUUGGUGGUAAGCUUGAAAAGAAGAUGAAGGAAAUGCCAAUUCCAGAGAGUUAUUACGAAGAGAAAGCCAAACAAGAGGAAGAAAAGUUAAAGUUGGAACAAGAGAAGCAACAAGCAUUAGAAUCAAAUACAACAACAACAACAACCGAUGAUACCAAUAAAAAUUAA